ACUUACUGAAUCUCCCUUUCUGUCUGUUGUGAUCCUUGCUCUCUCAGUGUUAGUGAACGUCUUGGGGACAGUUAUUGUCUCUGCUGGACAGUGUAUCUCAGGCAAUGUAUCACCAGCCAGUGCUGAAGAAUCGUCGGACGCUUUUGGAACGAGCAGAGAAGUUUAUCUCUGACAUUUAUUUCACCGAUUGCAAUCUUAGAGGAAGAAACGUCACCAAUACAGCUUUUUUUCUGCCUCCUGAAAUGCAGGGCUUAACAAAAGAGGGCGAGAAAACGAGCUAUAUUUUGUCCGAGAGCCUCCGGGAGGAGGAGGCACACAGUGUCACCCUGUAUGUGGAGGUGGCCUGUAAUGGACUGUUCGGGGCAGGACAGGGCUCGAUGAUUGCGCCCCCUGACCCCCACAGGAAGUACUCUGUCCAGAGGGCGGAGCUUGCAGUAUUCAACCGGGGCGUCCAGGAGCUCCUGACUGACUUCGAGAUGCUCAUUGAUGUUGUAAAGGUGCUGGGAGAGAAUGAACAGCGAGGGUACCAGGCCCUGUUCACGGCCAACGAGAUGGUGAACCUCUGUGACCCCUCUGACCCCAGCACUUUCUCUGCUGCCCGCCACUUGGCAGAGGUGUUCUUCAGCCAGAGGAAUGGGCAGAGCCAGCACACAGUCCACGCCAUGGGCCACUGCCACAUUGACUCCGGUAGGGCCCAGCAGUUUGAGUGGGUGAGGAAAUGGUACCCUGGCCUCUACUCCCAAAUCCAGCAGUUUGCCAGCAGAGGGCAGUUUGUACCUGUUGGAGGCACAUGGGUGGAGAUGGAUGGGAACCUGCCUUCUGGCGAGUCUAUGGUCAGGCAGUUCCUGGAGGGGCAGCGCUUCUUCCACCAAGAGUUUGGGCGGUACUGCACUGAGUUCUGGCUCCCAGAUACUUUUGGCUACUCUGCACAGCUGCCUCAGAUCAUGCAGGGCUGUGGAAUAAAGAGCUUCCUGACUCAGAAGCUCAGCUGGAACUUGGUCAACACGUUCCCUCACAACACCUUCUUCUGGGAAGGCCUGGAUGGCUCACAGGUCUUGACACACUUCCCCCCCGGGAACUCGUACGAGAUGAAGUGCAAAGUGGAGGAUCUGCUGAACUCGGUGAGGAACAACAGGGACAAGGGGAGGGCCAACCACAGCGCCGUUCUGUUUGGUUUUGGUGACGGGGGCGGAGGACCCACGCAGCUCAUGCUGGACCGGCUCCAGCGCGUCUCCGACACAGACGGCUUACCCAGUUUGUCACAUGCGGUAUUUAAAGAGCAUGGCUGCUUUUGUGCUUUCUGUGCAAAGAUAAAGCUGGGGAACCGUCAGUGCGAGGCUUUGCUUCAUGACAUUGAGAUUGCAAGCAGUCUGGCCCUCUGCAGGAGUUCGGGCUUUCGGUACCCUGCCCAGGAGCUCCGGGAGCUGUGGAGACUGCUGCUCCUCAAUCAGUUCCAUGAUGUCAUUCCUGGCAGCUGUAUAGAGAUGGUAGUGCAAGAUGCUCUGAAAUACUACCAGGAGAUCCGCAGCACUGGAGCAGGUCUGCUGCAGGAAGCCUAUAGAGGACUCUGGGGAGUUGAUCCACAGGGCGCUGGGAGUAUGGCUCUCAAUACCCUGCCCUGGGAACGUACUGAGGUUAUCGCAUUGCCGGGAAGUGGAGGAGCUGAGCCAAAACUGGCCCUGGUGCAAGUACCAAGUAUUGGCUUUGCCACAGUGACCGAAUCUGAACCUGUGUAUCCUGUUACUGUUGCAGUUCAGGCUGAUGGUUCAAUUCUUAUGGAGAAUGGGAUUCUACGAGUUGUUGUGGACAAGGCAGGAAAUGUGGCGUCUCUCUGUCUUGUUAAAUCAAACAGAGAAGCCAUUGCUGAUGGCUUCAGUGGGAACCAGUUUGUUCUGUUUGAUGAUGUUCCUCUAUACUGGGAUGCCUGGGAUGUGAUGGACUAUCACCUUCAGACCAGGACGCCAGUGCGUGAGGUCCUGCGCCCAGCUGAGAUUGCGUGUUCUGGUGGGCUGAGAGGCAGCGUGAAGUUCUCUCUGAGGAUAAGCAGCAAGAGCUCCAUUUCCCAGGAGGUCAUCCUCGAUGCCAUGUGCCCUUGUGUCAAGUUCCACACUCAGGUUGACUGGGCCGAAUCUCACAAGUUCCUGAAGGUGGAGUUUCCUGUCAGGGUGCGCAGCCCCAGUGCCACCUAUGAAAUUCAGUUUGGCCACCUGCAGAGGCCCACUCACCGCAACACAUCCUGGGACUGGGCCAGAUUUGAGGUUUGGGGACACAAAUGGGCAGACCUGUCCGAACACGGCUUUGGUGUUGCGCUGCUUAACGACUGUAAAUACGGCUAUUCGGUUUACAGGAACACCCUCACCUUGUCUCUCCUUCGUGCCCCAAAAGCUCCAGAUGCCAAUGCUGACAUGGGUCAGCACCAGUUCACUUACGCAGUAAUGCCGCACGCUGGUUCCUUCCAAGACUCAGGAGUCAUUCAGUGUGCUUACAACCUCAACCUGCCCCUGCGUGUGAUCCCCAUGGUGAUAAGUGACCCUGCCAGCAGCUCCUGGAGUGCUUUUUCCUUGAGCUCUCCUGCCGUUAUCUUAGAGACAGUAAAACAGGCGGAAGAUCAGAAAGACGCCCUGCUGCUGCGCCUGUUCGAGUCCCAUGGCAGCAGUGUUACCGUGACCCUCACUACCGCUCUGCCGGUGAAAGAGGCUUUGCUCUGUGACCUGCUCGAGCGUCCCGAUUCGGCUCGCCCUGCUGCAGUCAUGCCCUCGGGGAUCUCGCUCAGCUUCACCCCCUUCCAGAUUGUCUCUCUUCUGCUCGUUCUCAAGUGAACCCCUCAGAGGUGCCACCAGUGACAGAAGCGCAGCCUCUUGCCCAGCUCCCUUCUAUCUACAAACCACCAGAAAGCAUGUGUUUUUCCAUUGUCCCUCACACCUGGCCUAAACACCUCAUUCACUGAAAAAAAACAGUGCGAACGUGUACUGUAUAUCUGACCUGUAUCCAGACAGGAUUCUCUUUAGAAACUUGAUUUGUAAUUCCAAUGUUGGGGAUAGCUGAAUCAUAUAAAUUAGGGGCCUUUAUGAUUUAACAGUGCAGAACCUCAGGAGUAUUUUCCCAGAUCAUGUGAUUCAAUCACAAUUUUAGAGGUGCAAACUGUGACAAGGUAGUGGACAAGAAAAAAUGAACUUGAACUUGAACUUUAUUGCCAUAUGUAACCGGUACUGGUACAAUGGAAUUCUUAUCAUU